AAGAGAAACGUCAAAUCAGUUGUGAUGUGUCCAGCAAAGCAACAGCUAGAUGUAGUUUGAAUUUUUAUUUUGCGAAGGAAAAAGUUUUUAAACUCAAUAUGAAUCUUUGAUUUAAAUGUGGUUUUAAAUCUGGAAACCAUAGUGAACGGAAGACCAAACCAUGGAGGUCCUGUAUUUCCAAACCAACAGCCUGAUCCAGGAAACGCAGCAAUGUUUCCAACAGCUCAGCAGCGUACGUGUCGAUUCCGUCGCCGUAGAAGCGGACAUCCAAACCAAACUGGCCACGGUUAACGCUAACUGCGAUCGGUUGGACGUCCUGCUGUACAAAGUCCCGGUUGCGCAGCGCCAGAAUGCGAAGAUGCGGAUCGAUCAGCUCAAGUACGACGUGCGGCAUCUCCAGGCAGCCCUCAAGCUGUACCAGGACAAAAAGGCCCGCAAGGAAAUGGAACUAGCAGAGCGGGAAAGCCUGCUGAACAAACGCUUCACGGCCAAUUCGGAAACGUCGAUCGACAUCGACUACUCGCUGCAGCAUCACAACUCGAUGCAAAAUGCGCACCGAGGGGUGGACGAAAUGCUCUGGACGGGGUCCAACAUUCUCGACGGACUGCGAAACCAGAGGGAAACGCUGAAGGGCGCAAAAAAGCGAAUUCUGGAUGUGGGCAAUACGCUGGGGCUUUCGAAUCAGACGAUGAAGAUGAUUGAGAGGCGGCUGGCCGAAGACAAGUACGUGAUGGUCGGAGGAAUGAUCGUGACGCUGUUAAUUAUCGUAUUGGUUAUUUACUUCUUUGUAUUUUAAAUGGUUAAACUAUUCACGCGCGAAAUGCCUAUAAUAAACACAUUCUGUGAGAUUUGCUGAUGCAUCUUUAUAUCAA